UGACGUCAUCCCGUCGCUACUCUGCAUCAUUACGCACCGCAGGUUUUUCUCCCUCUGCGCUUCUAAUCGAGCCGUCACAUUCUUUGGGUUUCCGUCAGUUCGGACACACCUAGGCCAGCAAAGCAAUGUCUGACUUCUCUGAAGAUCAAAUCCUUGAAUUUAAGGAGGCCUUCCUCCUGUUUGACAGGACAGGAGAUGGGAAGAUCAGCUACAGCCAGUGCGGGGAUGUGAUGCGGGCCCUGGGACAGAACCCUGUAAAUGCUGAGGUGCUAAAAGUACUGGGCAACCCCAAAUCUGAGGAGAUGAAUACCAAGAUGCUGGACUUUGAGCAGUUCCUGCCAAUGUUCCAGGCCAUCGCCAAAAACAAAGAUCAGGGGUCCAUGGAGGAUUUCGUGGAAGGACUUCGUGUCUUUGACAAGGAGGGCAACGGCACAGUAAUGGGAGCUGAACUACGUCAUGUGCUCACCACGCUAGGUGAGAAAAUGUCAGAGGAAGAAGUUGAGACACUGUUGGCUGGGCAUGAAGAUGCAAAUGGUUGCAUCAAUUAUGAAGCAUUUGUUCGUCACAUCAUGUCAGGCUGAGGGCCGAACUGGUCCGGAUGGUUAUGAAUGGAUGAAGAUGAACAGCGUCACUUUUCUUUUUCUUUUUUCAUCAGAAUCACAUUCCUAUAUAUUUCCAUAUAGCUUUGUCAGUUCACCCCAACGAUUUCCAUAAGUUUCUUUUAAGAAGUGCCUUUACAUUCCCUAGCAAAGACCAUAAAGCCCAAUUUUUAGUCCUGUUUAUUUGUAUCCAUUGAGAAAUAUUUGAGCUUGCAUAGUUUAUAACAACUCCAAAUGAACUGUAACAAUAUCACUUAAACGGGACAAUACAAUAAUAUAUCGUGCAUAUAUGUGUUUCUAAGACUUGCUAUGACUGAAAUGUCCUGGUUUUAUCAAAAGAAAUAUCAAAGGCUAUAGUUGAAAACAUUUCAAAGAAGCUCUCAUUUUUCGAAUUUGGCUUAGGAUUUGCUGCUGCAUUUGAAUAAAUGUUUUC